CUUCGCCCGCGCCGCCCGCCGGCAGACCGGCCGAGUCCGGGGCGGCGGCGCGAUGGGGCGCAUCGAGUGGGCCAUGUGGGCGAACGAGCAGGCGCUGGCCUCGGGGCUGAUUUUAGUGACUGGUGGCAUUGUGGCUGUUUCGGGCCAGUUCAAAAGGUGGGAGUUUGCUGCUUAUGCGAUAGUUGCUGGAGUGUUUGUUUGCUUUUUGGAGUAUCCCCGAGGGAAAAGGAAAAAAGGAUCCACUCUAGAGAGGUGUGGCCAGAAGUAUUUCACAGCUGCUGUGAAGACGUGUGGACCCCUAACUAGGAAUUAUUAUGUCCGGGCCAUUCUCCAUGCAUGUCUCGCAGUUCCCGCAGGAUAUUUGCUAGCCACAAUCCUUGGGGCAGUUUGCCUGGCCAUAGCAAGUGGCAUCUACUUACUGGCUGCCACACGUGGCGAAGAGUGGCGCCCCAUUGAAUUGAGGCCUCAAGAGCGGCCCGAAAUAGGAGCCACUAUCAAGCACCCCCCCAGCAACCCGCCGCCCCGGCCCCCUGCCGAAGCUCGGAAGAAGCAAGGGGAGGGAGAGCUGACUGGCCAUGAAAACCCCAUUGAAGUGGUUGCUUAGGAGGCUCCCCCAUAUUUUGCUAAAGAUAGACUGCAGUUGGAAGGGGAGGCUCCAGUGCCGCUUGACCAAGGCACGGGAGAUGCCCUCCAGAAUUGAAACUUGGGCCAGGGGCUUUCCAAGCAGAAGGAUGGCUGCACCUGAACUUCUGCAAGCCCCUUGAGGGCCAUCUGUGGUCUUUCUUUGCGCUUCCUUGCACCCUCCCUCCCUGUGUUUGUAACAGGCAGGCUUUGCAUACCAGUAUACAAAAUGCUGACUAAGCCAGAAGGAAGCAGGUUGGAAAUUAGCUUUAGGUAGGUGUAUUUAUACAGACAUGACUUUCCUGAGGCUGGAUUUGAAUUUGAAGAAAAGAAAAGGUUUAAAACUUGAGUCAUUCCUGCUGAUCACAGCAGACCUGGCCGCACCAUCAAAGCUCUUGGCUUCGUCUCCCCCACUUGGAAGGGAUCAAGUCACUCCUCUUUCGGGGCAAAGCCCCCCUUUCCAUCUCCCCCCCCCCCUCCUUCUCUCCUCUUCCUUCCUCCCUUCCUUCUCUUGUGCCAGAAUCAGCCAACAAGUGAGCAGGCCUUUGCACCUGCCCUUCCAAUGAUUUUUGUUCCUCUUCCCUAAAGUUUUUGCCCCAAACUCGCCUGAAGCUGGUGCCCACCGUUUCCCCUCAGCUCCUUCCCUUAUUCUGCUUUUAAGUUGUUCCUAGCUUCCUUUUCCCCAUCUCAUCUCAACCCUCGGCAAUUCUUGGCUUUCCGAUUGUUUUCCCGUUUCAGAUAGAUGCUUUUGCUACAAAUCAUGUAGACGUCAUUUUUUAGUCAUUCUCGCAAGCUUCCUUUUUUAUUGAAUUUGGCUGUCUUACCACCCUUUCCCUGUUUAUUGCGUUUUAUCCAGACUUCCAAUUCCCCCGCUUUGUCAAAUUCCUCAGUUUAACAUGCUGAGUCUAAUCCCCCCUGACUUGUUUGAACUAGCUCAGUUCUCCAAUAAACAAACUACUGUUUUCAGAA